GUGCGCGACGGAGGAGGCCGUCCUAGCGCAAGUGGUGGAGCAUGAGACCGACGUGGACUCCGUGGAAGACCAGGCGUGUUGUGCCGUGGCAGUCCCCCCAGGCGAGUGUGGUACCGUUGGUGAAGUAGGUCUAGUGGGGGUUGUGGAAUAAGGCCAGGCGGUGUACGUUGCCGACACAGCGGCCACGUGCUCCAUGUUCCGAUGUGCAGACAACUUCGUGAACUACCGUGAGCGUAGCGGUUGGGUGAAGGGGAUCGGAGGCGACAAGACCCCCGUUCCGCUUCUAGGAUACGGAGAUGUGAACUUAGUUCUACAGACGGAAGAUGGUGGAGUACCCCUACCAGUACUGAAUGCUGCCCAUGUGCCAGAGGCCCCCUACAACCUCCUCUCGCUGUCUUCGUUGGCGGAGGAGGGCCACACGUAUUCGGGGAUGAAGGGGGGCCUUACGCUGACCACGAAAGCCGGGGGGGAGGUGUGGUUCCCCCGGACUGGAAAGCUGCUGACCCAACGAGGCUAUCAAAUAAAGCCAACGCUACACACCGCCUGUGCCGCACUCAUUGUUCCUGGCGAUGCGAAAGCAGCCAACCCCACUGACCUCAACGAGUACCACCUCGCGCACGGCCAUGCCCACGAGACAUUGCUCAGGAUCACGGCGGAGCAGCAGGGAGUGCAGCUGACGGAUGGACCGCUGCUACCCUGUCUUGGCUGUUCGAUGUCCAAGGGAAAGGUGAAACCCGUCCAGAAGAGCACGAGCACACGCGCACUGCUACCUCUCGCAGAUGACGAGGAGGGCGGGGAGGGCGAGAGUAGAGCGGAUGCAUCAUGCCAAGGUUGGAGGGGGGAGAGAGACUCAGAGAGUGAGUCCAUCCUCGACGUGAUGGAGGCUCGUGGGCCAGGGCAAGCGACGCCGUUUGUGCGCGAGGAGGCGCCGACGGCACCCGGCAACGGGAUUCCGGGGGACGGAGGCAGCGUUCCCCCGUCGCCCCCUUCGGGAAGGGGCGACUUCGGCGGAGGCAGUGGCCGCCCCACCGACAGCAGCAGCAGCCCGAGCAACAGCCCGAGCAGCAGCAGCAGUGACGCCGGCGGUGCCGGCGGCCCGGGCGGCGAAGAGUCCGGCGACCCAGGUGGGACCGGCGGUAGCGAUGGUGAUCCCGGCGACUCCGAGAACCUCGAGGAGUUGAAGUAUGAUCCAGCCGACGACCGCUACCCCCGCGGGCUAGAAGGGAAGAAACUCCUCUGGGGCGCCUCGAACGCUGGCCCGCUGCGCCAUGGGCUUGAGAGUGGCCGCACGCGGUAUCAGACCCGGGAGAUGCAAGGUGCCGGGGAGAUGUCAGGGCCCGGAGAAACACCGGUCCCGAAAGAGGCAUUGCUGGCGACCAUCCUGGAAACUGGCGGGGCGGGGAUUGUUGAGGACUACAUCUGCAACUCGCUUGUGAAGGAGCAGUGGGACGAGGAGCAGACACGCCGUAUGGAGGAGAUGUACAGGCGCGAGAUGCAGGAGGUGUUGGGCCCGGAACAGCAGGCGUUCGGGGCCGAGGUCGACGCCAGCGGGUCUUCGCAACCACUCCCAGACCCACAGCUAAGUAUGACCUCUUCAAUCGGGCAGAAGCCGAGUGACGUGAAAGCAGUACCGAUGACGUACAAGGAUGUGAUGUGUUCCAAGUGUAAGGUUUUAUGGGAGGCGGCCAUGAAGAAGAGAUAGAUGGCCACGACAAGACUGGAACCUUUACCAAGGUCAAGGAGCUGCCCCAGGGGCGGAAAGCCAUAGGUUCAAAGUGGGUGUUCUCUUGGAAGACGAAUGAGAAGGGCCUGAUAGUCGACUUCAAGGCCCGUAUGGUUGCGCGGGGUUUCUCUCAAAUCCCCGGCAUCGACUUCCACCACUCAUCCUCAGCGUGCCCGUCUGUAGCGUCUAUCAAGACGGUGAUUGCCGUAGCCACUGAAAAGGGCGAAACUCGCUCACUGGGAUGUGAAGCAAGCGUACUCCCACGCUACGCUAAAAGAAGAAAUAUACCUCAGGUUCCCGGAAAGCUGUGGUAGCAUGUCCGGCAA